UGUCAUGGAGGCUCAGUCUCUCAGCAGCCAUUGAAGGGGAAGGAACUGCGGGUGUGUGUAUGUGUGUGCGUGCGUGUGUGCAUGUGAGUGCGCGCGCGAGUGUGUGGACAAGGAGGUGCUGGCAGCCGAGUUAGAGUCCCAACUCCUUGGACUCCAUUGGCCAUUCUCUUCUUUCUCCCCCACACCUCUCUGCUGGUGGUGGGCGUUUAUAUUUGCGUUCCUUUUCAUUCAUUUCCAAAUCUUUUACAAUUUGAGGGUUGGGGUUAGUGGGGAAGGCAGGGCCGGGUAACGGAGGAGAGGAGGAGCAGAGAGCAGGAGGAGGACAUGGAGAUGAAGACGAGGAUUAACCAGGAGUUGAGGAACCGAGCCCCGGAGGAGAUGACACAGUUAGUCAUUGAUAAUUGCCGUUGUGUCAAUGGGGAAAUUGAGGGCCUGAAUGAUACUUUUAAAAAACUAGAGUUUCUGAGUAUGAUUAAUGUGGAACUAAGUUCACUGGCCCGGCUUCCCAACUUAAAUAAACUUCGAAAGUUGGAACUUAGUAACAACAGAAUUUCUGGAGGGUUGGAAGUCCUGGCAGAGAAAUGUCCUAAUCUUACCCACCUCAAUCUGAGUGGAAACAAAAUAAAAGAUCUCAGUGCACUAGAAGCUCUGCAAAAUCUUAAAAACUUGAAAAGUCUUGACUUGUUUAACUGUGAGAUCACAACCCUAGAAGAUUAUAGAGAGAGUAUUUUUGAACUGCUGCAGCAAAUCACCUACUUAGAUGGAUUUGAUCAGGAGGAUAACGAAGCACCAGACUCGGGAGCAGAGGAUGAUGAGGAUGGAGAUGAAGAUGAUGAAGAGGAAGAUGAAGCAGGUCCACCUGAAGGGUAUGAGGAAGAAGAGGAGGAAGAAGAGGAUGAGGAGGAAGAUGAAGCAGGCUCAGAAUUGGGAGAGGGAGAAGAGGAAGUGGGCCUCUCAUACUUAAUGAGAGAAGAAAUUCAGGUGAACAGACCCUUCUUACCUGCACUGAAAAUUAGUUAUUUAGGCAUAGAGCUAAAUACUAUAAAAAGUAAGGAUGAAGAAGAUGAUGAUGACUAUGUUGAAGGGGAAGAAGAAGAAGAAGAUGAAGAAGAAGAAGAAGAAGAGGAAGAAGGUCUUCGAGGGGAAAAGCGGAAACGAGAUGCUGAAGAUGAUGGAGAGGAAGAAGAUGACUAGAUCAUUCUAAGACCAGAUUCCCUAAAUUCCUGGGUGUGCAAUAGAGUGGUCACAUCUUGUUUCUUUAUGUAUAAUAGUUAUCCCUACAUAAGAUAAUGUGUAACUUUUUAUAGGAAAAGUGUGGUUUUACUAUUUUUGCCUUAUCAUUCCAAAUAAGAUUUACUAGUCUGUUAAUGAUCAUAUUAUAUGUAGAGAAAAAUUUUCAUUGACCUCCUUGUGAAAUUCCCUAGCAGUUUAUUUAGAAUCUUAAUUUUUCUAAUACAAGUUUACUUCUUAGUCAUUUUAGCCCAUAAUUAAAACAUGAUGGCUUUUGCACAGGCAUAGUAUGGUGCAUUUCAUUCAUAAGGUUUUAAAGUUAUUUAUCAAUUAACAGAAAUCACAGUCAGCUGGAAUAUGAAAUAAAAAUAGUCUUUUGAAUGAUAAGUUGGUUAUUUCUUUAGAGGUGACCCAGAGAUCUUCAUUUUGAAGGCAAUGCCUUUUUUGGCUAAGGGAUUUUGGGUGCUCUUUUGUCACAUGAGUAACUUGGAAAGUAGGAGCAGAAUAGUAAAGGUUCUAUUCAACAACAUAGUUCCUGGCUUUGGGGGAGGCUUCUGAAACCUUUAAGCCAGGUGGCUAAUAAGAUUUUAUUUUUGAAGGAAAAAUUGCUUAUCGUAAGUUCAGAGACAUGCAGAGAAGCCCUUUGUUCUCAAGCUGAAUGAAGAUCAUGACAUGCUAAUGGUUGGUUUUUGUUUUAUUUUUAAGUGUGCAUUGUUUCAUUUUCUUUCAACAAUUCCUUUACGAUCACCUUCCUUUCUUGUUUCACUCUCCUCCCUCUCCUCAAAAAAACAAAAAAUGGGGGGGAAACUUAUGAAUACCCAGGAAAACCUUUAUUCUUAUACCUCAAUUACCUUUUCAGACCUGUCUCAGUUUUCAAAAAGCUAAGUGAAACAAACUGAGUAUUUUCUGAGAUAUGAAUAUUAUUAUCUAUGCAGUUUUAUGCAACAGACUCUGCUUACUGGAAAUCCUUCUUGGUUGACAAGAUAUACAGACUGUAGAAGGAGGAAGAAAGAAAAGCAGAUGGGCUUUUGGAAGCAGCAAUAGUGUUCCUCAAAAGUCAGAAUAAUUUGCCUGUUGGUAAUUAGUGAGACAUUCAAAUCAAAUUAUAAGUUAGCUUCCCAAAUGACUUAGCUACCACUCUGCAAGCAUUUCUAAUUUUUUCUGAGUAGAACCUUUAAUUAUUCUCUCUCUAGUUUUAAAGCAUUAUCAGAUUUAGCAUUUGAUUGGAAUAUAUUAGGCAAUGGAAAAAUAUUUGAAACUAAAUCCAUAUUAAAAUUAAGAUUUGUUUUCAAGUGGAUGUCCAUUAAAAAUAGAAAAAUAUUUGGGAAAAGUGCGAGUGUGUUUUCUUAUAUGGCUACUGAUUAUGAGUAGAUACGUUCAUCUCCCUUUUUGUUAUGGAGGCUCCAUGUUCAAGGCAAUUGCUUUUUUAAUCUUGGCUCUCUAAAUUUUUCCCCCUUUGGUUUUGAAUAUUUGUAAGUUUUUUUGUUAGUGUCAGCAAAUUAACUGAAGUUACACUUUCAUACUGGGACACAUUUAAAUUACUGAGUAUAGUACUGCUUUAGCUUCAACUAAAAAAGUGGCACAAAAUGACUGAACUAAAACUCUUGAGAUAAGUUUAGUGGGGGGAUUCGAAUAUCCAAAUAGCUAACAUUUUAUUCCUUUUUAACAACUGAAAUCCCUUGUUUUAGUCCCUAAGAAUUCUCAUCACAUUGUUUGCCAGAUUAUAAAAUACUUAUUUUUAAAAUUAAAUUUAUAUACUGGCUUUCUUAUCAAUCAUUUUAUUGUGCAAUCAAUAUUAUUGUUCUUUGGUUUGUAAACAACACUUAAGAGCCUCCAAAUAACUUUUAAGACUUAUUUAGCUUUGUGGGUGAUAUUUUCAUGCAAAUAAGGGUGGGUUUUAUAUUUUGUAGAAGUUUUCGGUCCUAUUUUAAUGCUUCUUUGUAUGGCAGUGUGUAUAUAGUGUGUUAAACUCCUCAAAACUCAAAAAUAUUUGAAGUUAAUACUUUUGUGCAACUGUGUUUUGAAUAAAGCCAUGACAGUGUUAAAACAAACAAAAAAAUGCAGUACUUCUGAGUAUUCCUUUAUUGUUUCUGUUUCCUGUUUUUUCUGAGACUGCUGUAAUUUAAAGUUUUUGAAACUGAAUUACUUCAAAUAAAUUGAAGACUUGUUGUUAA